UCUCUCUCUCUCUCUCUCUGGAUACACAGUGCCUCUGUGGGAAAGCGAAGACUUCUUAGUCGCCAUCAUGCGCGUCCAGGAGUUGUUCCUUUGUAUUUCUAUGGUUGUCUGGCCAGUAUGCAGCGGCGCGAACGUGGUCGAAGAACGGCCAACUAAAUCCAGCUCUCAUUCGCCCGAAGCCUCCAUCGACAACCAGAACUCCUUCGACUGCAUGCAGGCAUGGCUCUCUUUAGCAGGGGCUAGCAGCUCGAAGGUCGCAAGGAUCGCAUCCUCAGCGCAAUUCAGACAUGCCCGCUUGGACGAAGCCAAGAUCAAGCGCUAUGACACAUUCCUGCUUGGGAUUCUGCUCGGUUUUGACGUUGACCUAGCGAACAAGACCAAGAACUGUGUCCGUGGGCAUUCCAGGUGUCCUGGGGGCACUUCAGCAACUCAGCAUCCAUGUUCUGACGGUGGAACGUGCUCGUACAGUGACGUGUUCCAGAGAGCUGUGUGCCAGUGCCCGGCAGGGAUCACAGGAGUUCAGUGCAGAACCGAUAUUGACGAGUGUCGGUCUAGAGAGUUGAACGACUGUGCGUCUGAUGACGUAGCUGAUUGCUUCAAUUCCCAUGGCUCCUAUCUGUGUGGAUGCCGAGUAGGCUAUACUGGGGAUGGCAGGCAUUGCGAGGACCAGGAUGAGUGUGGAUCGAUCACACACGGCUGUCAUGAACAGGCAGUCUGCAAUAACACGAUCGGGACGUACAGCUGCGCCUGCGGCAGUGGUUACCUAGGCGAUGGAAGAUCUUGUAAAGCUGAUCUGUGCAGUGCGUCCACUGACACAGAGCUCUGCCUGGCGAUGCAGCUGCUGAAGAAGAAUAUAAAAGGUUUGGAACACGGAUCCAAGCUAAGAGACAAACGGAUGGACACUAUUCUUUCCGAGCUACGCCAGUUUGCCUUCGCUCUGACUAUGAAUUAUCACUCGCAGCAAGCUCAAAUGCAAGUUAAUCAAGCGGCUAACGAUACACUUGCAAACCAUGCAAAGGAGAUCGAAGAUAUGAAGCAUGCGAUGAGGGACUUGUUUUUCUGGCGAGAAGCGUGUCGGAAUCGCAAAUUGGGCUACAAGUACGAAAGCCUCUAUCAGAUUAAUGACGAGCGAGAUAAUGGCCAGAUUGCCACCAUACAAUUUACAAAGAUGUUCAAUGACACCUUUUUGAAGUUAACUCAUUCCAGUAACGUUCGUACAGCUAGCUCUCCAAGUAAGAUUGCUCGCUGGUUCUUUAAAAUCAACGCAAAUGAAUGCGUCAAACCUGCAAAGAUCGAUAUAAUCAUGUAUCAAGGUUCUAGUGAUAAUACCCACAUUCCCGCAGUACUAACAGGAGUGUGUGAGUCUACGGAAUCAAGUGGCAUUGCCAUAUCCGCUGGAGGGCACCACAUUUCCGUCCAUGUUGCAUCGCCAAAUGGAGGAGAUGCGUUUAGCGGGUAUGCUAGCACAUCAUUCCUUGAAGUUCAAGAGAUUUGCCCAUAGCUAACAACCUUAGAAGCGACAAAUAACAUGCAGCAGUUUGUCUUCUUCUCCAAACUCGGCUGCAUGUUCUCCAUGCUUCAACAAAUCAUUUCUGAUUCUGUUGUCUCCAUCCAUCUUGUUAACAAAGUCUGCCAUUUACUGGCAUGCUCACUUGCGCACCCCGAAUGUUGUCAGUCCUAUUCAGCUUUUUUGUACCUUGCUAGUUAUUCCCACGGGAUACAGCUAAAAGGUUGUAGAGUUCAUUUAUAUUGACCUUUACAAUCCCGAUUUAUGUGUACAAAAUGAAAGUGUCAUCA